CGAGCUCAUAAGGCGGGAUAUGGGCUACCUAGUCUUUAUAUGGCCAAUAUGCCAAAGAUGUCAUCUUUUCCCGACCAUGCUGACGUUUUCAGCUGAAUUAAUGCAUUUAUAGCAGCAUCAUGUGGCAAGAAGCGAAGAAACAAGAGCGAAAGAUACAUGGAAUCAUUGUAGAUUAUAGGAAAAGAGCUGAAAGAAGGAGAGAAUAUUAUGAAAAGAUUAAACAAGAUCCGACCCAGUUUUUGAGGGUUCAUGCAACAGCAUGCAAGAUACACCUGGAUCCUGCCGUGGCCCUAGCUGCAGAAGGACCUGGCACAAUGAUGCCUUGGCAAGGAGAUACCACCAUUAUGAUUGACCGCUUCGACGCCCGAGCCCAUCUGGACUUCAUCCCCACCCAGAGCGUGAUUUCGGCCAUCUCACCAGCUCCCCAUGAUCCCGACGAAGACAAGUGCUUCUAUGAGCGGUAUCGAACCCUAGUGCAGAAUGAGGGUGCCGGAAUUUCUGAAGAGCAGUGUCUUCACCAGAUCAGAGUGGACGAGAUGUUCCCGGAUGUGGCUGGUCAGAAGACCAAUGAAGAGAAAGACAAACUGAAGGCAAAGAGAGCUGCCAUUGGAUUCACCUACGAUGACGACAGCAAGGAGGCGGGGCAAGAAGAAGGGAUGGAGGAGGAGGAUGACAAGGAUAGUGAUGACGACAGCUCCUCCGAUACAAGCCUCAGUGACAUUGACAUCGACAUAAACGUCGACGUGGAUGAACUGACAGAUGAACAGAAGGCAGAACUCAAUGCAGUCGGUGAGCGAUAUGGCAUGAAGCCCAACGAAUAUGUCAGAAUGCUAGAGAGGGACAAGAACGAACUGGACAUGCAGCGGCGAUUCAAGGAGAUUGAAGAGGAAAAGGCCCUGUAUUCAGGAAGAAAAUCAAGGAGGGAAAGACGGAUGCUGGUGGAGAAAAGACUGAAAGCCAGAGGAGGGGACAAGCUGAGCCCACCGAGCUACGCCAGUCGCGACAGCCCCACCUACCAGGACUACCGGCACUCCCGCUCCCGCUCGCGCAGUCGCUCCAGCAGCCCCGAGGACACGGGCAAGGUGACCUUCAUCACCAGCUUUGGCGAGGAACAAGAGGAGGGGGAAAGGAGGCAGCGGCUGGCGGGGACCGGUAGCGGCAAGGCUGCCGGGAAGCCCUCCAAAUCCCUGUCCGGGUCUGAGUCUCAUGCCAAGUCACGUAGGCAUCAUCGGCAUUCCUCCAGUUCAUCAAGGUCUCGGUCAAGAUCACCAGUACACAGGAGUCACCGUUACCGCAGUAGUUCCAGAUCCUCAUCCCGUUCCUCCUCCAGAGGGCGCCAUCGCCAAGGCUCAUCCAGCUCCAGAAGUUACUCCCGAUCACGUUCCCGAUCCCGAUCGCCCCGUCGGGCUUACCGGCGUUCGCGGUCCAGGUCCGCCGACAGGCACGGGGCCUCCCGGCAUUCGUACGAUCGGCACCACAGGUCAAGGUCGAGGUCCCCGCCCCGGUCAUCCCACAGCUGGACGGGGAGACCCAGGUCUCGAUCCCGGUCGCGGGACCGCUACCGAGGAAGAUCCAGAUCUCGUAGUCCAGAGAAGAGAGGUAGCAGAAUUGCCGGCUCGGUGAAAAGUAAAAGGCCGGCAGAAAGUAGUGUGGGUAAAACUCCGGGCUCUGUCGACAAAAAACAGCUGACCCCAAAAGAAAGGCUAAAGCUUAAGAUGCAGAAAGCUCUGAACAAACAACAUAAAGCGGACAAACUUAAACAACACCAGAAACAGUCGGCAAAAGAACAAGAGCAACAGGAGAGAGAGGAGGAGCUCCGAGAGAUGACCAGGCAGUUCCGCUACAAGGAACAAGAGAGGAGGGAUAGGGAACGGAGCGAGAAGGCGUGGCGAGGGCGUGCCCACAACCCUCGGUCCCGCAGCCGGUCCAGAUCCCCCGAGCGCAGACGCAGUAGGCCUUCUUUGUUUGAUUUUUGCCCCGCCCAACACCAGAGCAAGAAUAAAGCAGCACGCCGGAAAACUUUAACGAAACCGUCCCAGACUUUCUUUGGCGCAAGUAGAGAGUAACCGAUCGGCUUACACAGCAUGGAUAUCAGGAUAUUUCAUGUUCUGUUGUUUCUGUCUGUUUUUUUUCCACAGCAUGUUGGAUUAUAUUAUGUUCAAGUGCAAAGUUGAAGCUAAGGUCCUCAUUUAUUUGGUGCACACAAUUGGGCUUGGGGCUAAUAGUGGAAGACUGUUUAUAAGAUUCCCUUUUGUCCUCACAGUAAGACAAAGGAAGGUCCAUAUGAAGAUUUCACCCACAUAUUUUCAAAAAUACUUUCCACUUUUUUGAUGCCAGCAUCCAGUAUGGUGGAGGCUUUUUUUCCGUUUUUAUUUUCCGUGCGUAUUUUGUUGGAAUUCGCUGUGCAUAGUGCUCUUCCAAAGUCAGCAUAUGUGGGCACACGGUCCGCAUAAUGUUCAUUUGCAGUUCAAACACUCCGUAUGGGACUUGCCUUGCUGCACAUGUAUACCCGAGAGACGUGUCCCUGACGUGUUGUGUCUCAUUGUUUUUUGUUUUGAAAUUUCAGGGUACGGACGUGACAGGCACUCACCCGCCAGGGGGCGCUCCCGUUCCCGUUCGCAUUCACCACGCCCUGCCCAGUAUCGGUAUUGAGUAUGAGUUAGUGUGCAGGCCGUUGCCCGGGAUCUCGCAGUCUGUCAGGUAUGGAAUCUGACUCAUGGUUUCUCAGUCGAUCGUUCCACCUAUCACUUAUGGAUAUCAAUUUAGGUGUUCCACAAUUGCCGUAGAAUAGGAGCAGUGAUUUUUUUCUUUAAAUCCCUAGUUAAACACUUCCAAACCUGGUUCUUCCAAAAUGUUGUCUACAGGGAAUUAAUGUUCCACCUGAAAUGUUUAUCCCUCAACCUAUUCUAUAAUCAUUGUGAACACCUGUAUGAGGCCUCAAUCGUUGAACACAUAUUUUUAGCGACAUAUUCAUUGAUGGUUAGUCAAUAUUAAUAAGCUCCGACUUCAUGUACAUAUUCUAUACCGUCAUCAGUUAAAUAGCAGCCUUGGUUUAACUCAUUUUGUAUAUACCUGUUACACGCUUAAUACAGAAAUUUAGUUAUUAAUGACGAGCUGUGAUAGUUUUGCUAACAUUAAAAUUUUUAAAAGUGCUCUUCCCUAUGGACCCUGUGUGUGUGGGGGGGGUUGCAAAGUAUCCGUGACAUCCCGUGGAGCCAACACGUUGCAUGGAUAUAUCUGUUCCUGCUCUUAUCGUAGUCCACGUUAGACUGUUGCAAAUCUGUAGUGUUUUCACAUGCUCGCCUAAGGCACAAGUCACUAAAAUGGACUUUUGUAGUCAAAUCCGUCUCGGGUCCCUGCACAAGUCCAGUCACAAGGUCAUUCUGCUAGACCAGUUUUUAAACAGGGCAAACAGUGAAAAGGAUUCUGUUUGUCACUGGUCAUUUGAAUAGCUUGUGACAAUAGCAUAAGAUUUGUGAUAGCUUUGUGGCGACUUGUGAUGGGGUUGACAUACAACACUGCAAGUGGCAUUCAUAUGUUGCCCAGCUUUACCCUGUGUCACUAGCGAGAGGUCACUUGCAGGCAGAGUUCAUUGGUUAAUAUGUAGAUGGGUAAUUCCAGAAAUUAGGGGUCUUAAACUGUGACAUUUUUGUGUCCCUGUUACAUCUGACCUUUGUUAUUUG